CGGCCCAGACUCAGUCACUGGCUAGGCCUCCAAGACCAUUCCAAGGACACACCCACGCGCCCACACACCCAUACACCCACCUAACCCGACCCCUUCUCUCGUUCUUGACCUUGUUCUCGGCCUCGAUGGACUUCCAGCGGCGCAGGCUCGCCGUUGCGCUUCAGCCACUCUUGUCGACGCCCGCCAUACCUCCCAGAGAUGCUCACCUGGACUUGACAGCAACAUUAACAGAGACUCCGGCCCUGCCGGGCUCCACCAUCGCACCGUAUGACACCGGGCUGAACGGGGUCAACCAAUCAGGCAACUACCUCGUCAGGGAUCUCCUAUGGUGGACCUUGGGCAUCGCUGGCCUGUGUGUACUCAUCAUCAGGAUAACGGAGCUGGUGUGGGCAAAAUUUCGCCAGGUCACGGCAAUGCACGUACCAGGGGAUAAACAAGGCUUUUGGAAAAUCAAGCAGUGGGAUUGGAUGCCCGGCAUAAAGAGAAGGCUGAUCUACGCGCCCCUGUGGAGGAAGCGCCAUAACCGAGAAUUCCGCCUCUCAUCGGCCGUCAACAUGGGCACCCUACCGUCUCGGUUUCACAGUCUGCUGCUCGGACUCUACCUGGCCAGCAACCUGGCCUACAUGUUUCUGUUGAAUUGGCAGAAUCAGAACAAGUAUGCAUUCUGUGCCGAGCUUCGAGGCCGGUCAGGGAUGCUGGCAUUGGUGAAUAUGGUCCCUCUGAUCAUCCUCGCCGGCCGGAACAACCCCUUGAUCUCGAUCUUGCAGAUCAGCUUCGACACAUACAAUCUCCUUCACCGAUGGAUGGGUCGCGUCGUGGUUAUCGAAGCCCUGAUUCACACUAUCGCGUGGGCCAUCGUUCAAGUUGCGGACGGCGGAUGGGAGAGUGUACACGCCAAGAUGUUGCACAAUCGAUUUAUUGCCUCCGGCUCGGUCGGUACCCUAGCCAUGAUAUUCCUUUUGAUCCUGUCCGUGUCGCCCCUCAGGCACGCCUUCUACGAGACGUUUCUCUCCACCCACAUAAUCCUGGCAUUUAUCACCUUCGUCUGCACCUUGGUCCACUGCGUGUCGGCAUCGAUCCCCGGGGGGCUCCCUCAGCUUCCCUGGAUUAUCGCCAUCAUGCUCCUCUGGUUCGCCGAGCGACUGGCCCGCAUGGUCCGCCUGGCGUACUGCAACUGGUCAGAAAGGGGAUAUACCGAGGCGGUUGUUGAGCCCAUGCCCGGUGAGACGUGCCGGGUGACACUUUGUCUGCCACAAUACAUCAACAUCAAGCCAGGUACUCACGCAUACCUCCGCUUCGCAGGAGUCAAUGCUUGGGAGAACCACCCAUUCUCCAUCGCGUGGGUGGAGCACGCCGGUCAUCCUGCGCUCCCCACUAACGAGAAGGACCUCGCCACGCUGGAAAGACCCACGACGACCAGCGUCUCCUUCGUCAUCGGGGCCCAGACCGGCUUCACCCGCAAACUCUACGACACCGCCAUCAUGGCCCAAUCGCCGGCCGUGAGGCUACGUGCAGCAUUCGAAGGCCCCUAUGCAGGCCACCACUGCCUGGACAGUUACGGGCACGUCGUACUCUUCGCCGGUGCGACCGGUAUCACGCACCAAAUCAGCUAUCUGAAGCACCUGAUCGACGGCUACAACACGGGUGUCGUCGCGACACGUCGCAUAACCCUCGUCUGGAUCAUCCGCGACUAUGAGGCGCUCGAGUGGGUGCGGCCGUGGAUGGAUACGAUCCUGCGCCUCCCCAACAGGAAAGAGAUAUUGCAGAUCAAGCUCUUCAUCACGCGGCCGAAGAACUCGCGCGAGAUUGGCAGCGCGUCGAACACGGUCCGGAUAUUUCCCGGGCGGCCGAACAUCCCGAUGCUGCUGAGGAGGGAGGUUCAUGAGCAGGUGGGCGCCAUGUGCGUGUCUGUCUGCGGGCCCGGCGGUUUGGCCGACGACGUGAGAUCUGCUGCGAGGAUGGUCCAGGACGAGCGCCAGGUGGUGGAUUUCAUCGAGGAAAGCUUUACCUGGUAAAUACCCCGGCAAUGGCUCGUGGACUUGAUAUCGGAAACGGCCGCUGGGCUGGACACUGCCAUCACCUCAUACCUAAACAUGAAAGCGAAGCCGGUGUUUGCUUUUUGCUUUUUUAUCUUCUCUCUUAUGGCAUUGGGCGUACUUAUCAAUUCUUUGUGGCUUCUACGACUGCAUUGAACAUCGCGGAUAGAUGGAGCAUUGGGAAGGGGGAUGGAAGAUGGAAACUGCUAGAGUUCCCGGCGUAUAGGACGAAGCCUCAACCAGGCGGAACGAGAUGCUUU